AUGGGAGAUUUUCUUGGUCACGCGGUUCCUGGAGCUAUGCUUUUGUUAUUAUCGAUCUGGUGGUUCAUGGGCCCGCUUCUUCAAGCCCGCAAAAAUUCAAAAACUCUGUCUUCCAGGCGCGGAUUGCUUCGGUCGCCCGGUUCUUCAUAUGUUCAAUUGAAAUCAGAAUCUCCCGUGUGGUACCCCUGUCCCGGGCGAUGUUUGUCUAGAAUCCCGGUGGAACCUAUCAUCAAAGUCCUGUCGGGCAUCGUGGGCGUUGUUGGAGAACUGUUUCUUGACGGCUCGUGGAUCUUGAUCGACGAGAAAGGGGAAUUCGUCGACGAACAUAUUAAUAAUCAUAGUCACACAGUUAUGUACUGUUUCUUUAGUCUUUCUGGUAUAAUAGAUCUUGUCCUAUGGCAUGGUAAAACACCUUUACCACCAAGGAUCGAUUACAUUAUCCUGUCUACAUGCUUUUGGAUCGAGGGUUUCUUGUUUUAUUUUCAUCUUCGAGGACAUUCAGAAAUCAGUAUGCGUUUACACAUCAUUCUUUACAUUUUAAUUUUCAUAACUGCUUCAGUAGUUUUAGUGGAGUCAUUUUUAAGGCGACAUCAAUUACUUUUUAGCUUAAUAAGGGCUAUUUUAACAGGAGUCCAAGGCAGUUGGUUCUUCCAGAUCGCCUUCGUUCUCUACGGACCGAACGCAUGGAAGGAUAGUCCUCGCAAUGUAGAAUUUUUGUCGAUUGCUUUCGGCUGGCAUUUGUUUAUUUAUGUAUGCGUGGCGCUUGUUCUCUUCGUCGCAUGUCAUCUUUGUUGCGGGAAAAUUCACCCUCAUCAUGACGAUCGUCAAGAACAGUUGCGAGAUGUACUGCUCUCGGAUGAGGAGGAAGAAAGUUUUCCUUUAGAAUCACAGAGACAAUACAAUAAUUCACAAGCAGAAUCAUAG